UCGAUACAAUAGAAGCCCGUUUUAUCACAAGUUUUAUUUUUUUCUUGUCCAUUACAAACUUUAUAUACUUGAGCUUAGUUAUCUUGUAUAGAACCCGAAACCCGAAAAAAAAAUGGAAUCAGGCUUGCAAAUAAGUCUGCCCAUUAAAACGGGAGCUAAAAAAAUUCGAAAGAGACGAGAGCUUGAUGCUUUAGUUUCAUAUUCAAUAGCCAGAAGAAACAAUACAAGCAAACCACUGAAUACAAAAGGCAAACAUUCUCUAGAAAAAUUGAUUAGGACGUCCACGGACGAUCAGGAAGAUUGUAAUUUGGAGUCAAAUUAUAAAAAAGUGGAAACAUGUCACGUGAGAAAUUCCAAUUUUCCAAUUCGGAUGUGUGCGCCACUGAUUGUGGUGAUUGUUAUUAUAAUCUUAUUCGGUUUCGUACAUUGGUUGUAUUUUGAUUUAAGACAACAAUUCAUUGAAUACCGCCAAAAAAUUGAAGAAGUUUCUGUGAUAAGCCAAAAUCUUCCUGAAGAAAUGCAAAAAUGGCAUGAGAAAUCAUCUUUAUUGGAGAAAAACCAAAGUAUAAUUUAUGAAAAACUAAAUGAAGUUCAAACAGCUAUAGAAAGCCUAAAAACAAAUUUCACAAAGUUCGCUGCAAAAGCAGACAGUCGCAAUGAAUAUUCCAAAGAUGAUAAGUUUGUAGCCGAUCUCGGUGCAAAACUUGAAGCUGUCGCCAGUGAUAUGGAAAUAAUAAAGGAGCAUUUCACUACUGUCCAAAAGAAUCAAUCUAGUUUACAAGAAGACAUCGAUAAAUUGGGGGUACGUUUCAAUGACAUAUCCAACCAUAUCCCAGAAAAAAGCAAAGAUGAAGAUGUGUGCUUGCAAAAGAUUCAAAAUCUACAACAAAACUAUGAGAACCAAAUUAAGAGUGUUACUGCAAACAUAAGUGUAGUAAAUGAUACACUUACUCAAAAAACACACAUUCUUAGCGAGGAACUUCUAACGCAUAAAACAAAGAUAGAUGACUUGCUCGACAAGUCUGCAAAUAUUACCUCACAUGUUAGUUCCAUUAAAAAUGAUUGGACCAAAUACAAACAGCAAAUUGUUGAUUGUGAUGCCAAAGUUGAAAAUUUUGAAAAUACCAUGUCCGAAUUUGUGAAUAAAACGAACAUUUUGGAGAAAUCAAUUCAAGAAGUGCGUUUAAAUUGUUCUGUUAGCGACGGAUUGGGUCGAAAUUGUAUCAAUUUGACCGAUACAAAUCCGCAAGUCAACAAAACCGAACGCCAGCAAAAUGUUGCAUUAAAGGUGAAAUAAAUAAAAUUACAAGUAUGUACAACAAAUCAUUUUUCAAUUCAAAACUUACAUAAAUUAGUUACUUUUGCAGAAGAUUUAUCAAAUUUAAAAACCUAAAUUUAGUUUUGAGCAAAAUCGUUUCUUAGAAUAAUUUUGCUAGUGAAAUUUUCAUAUUGUAAAUUCAAAUUGAGCUUAAAUGACGACAGUUUUUGAUAGAUUUGUUCUUGUUGUUAUUGCAAAUAAUUGAAUCAAUUGUUCAUUUCACAAUAUGUACAUACGUGUUUUAUUUAUCGCAAU